AUGGUUGCCCUCCAUCAUCCAAACUGCACACACCAAGAUCAGAAACAUCAAUUCCAAGAAAGCAAUAGUAACCACAAAUCCAACAUGAAGACCUUCCUCACCUUUGUCCUCCUUGCCAUGGUGAUGAGCAUCGUCACUACCGCUAGGCAACUAAACCCUAGCAGCCAAGAGUUGCAAUCACCACAACAAUCAUAUCUGCAGCAGCCAUAUCCACAAAACCCAUAUCUACCGCAAAAACCAUUUCCAGUGCAGCAACCGUUUCACACACCCCAACAAUAUUUCCCCUAUCAACCACAACAACCAUUUCCCCAGCCCCAAGAACCAAUUCCCCAGCAACCACAACAACCAUUCCCACAGCAACCACAACAACCAUUCCCACAGCAACCACAACAACCUUUUCCUCAGCCCCAACAACCAUUCCCCUCGCAACCACAACAACCAUUUCCCCAACCCCAACAACCAAUUCCCUACCAACCACAACAACCAUUCAACCAGCAACCACAACAAAUAAUACCCCAGCAACCACAACAACCAUUCCCCCAGCAACCACAACAACCUUUUCCUCAGCCCCAACAACCAUUCCCCUGGCAACCACAACAACCAUUUCCCCAGCCUCAACAACCAUUUCCCCUGCAACCACAACAACCAUUCCCCUGGCAACCACAACAACCAUUUCCGCAGCCCCAACAACCAAUUGCACACCAACCACAACAACCAUUCUCGUUCUCGCAGCAACCACAACAACCAUUCCCCCAGCAACCACAACAACCUUUUCCUCAGCCCCAACAACCAUUCCCCUGGCAACCACAACAACCAUUUCCCCAGCCUCAACAACCAUUUCCCCUGCAACCACAACAACCAUUCCCCUGGCAACCACAACAACCAUUUCCGCAGCCCCAACAACCAAUUGCGCACCAACCACAACAACCAUUCUCGUUCUCGCAGCAACCACAACAACCAUUCCCUCUGCAACCGCAACAACCAUUCCCCCAACAACCACAACAACCAUUUCCCCAACAACCACAACAAAUAAUUUUCCAGCAACCCCAACAAUCAUACCCUGUGCAACCUCAACAGCCAUUUCCUCAACCCCAACCAGUCCCCCAGCAGCGACCCCAACAAGCAUCCCCCCUACAACCGCAACAACCAUUUCUCCAGGGAUCAGAACAAAUAAUUCCCCAACAACCAUUCCCUCUGCAACCACAACCAUUCCCCCAACAACCACAACAACCAUUUCCCCAGCCCCAACAACCAUUCCGCCAACAAGCAGAACUAAUAAUUCCCCAGCAACCUCAACAACCAUUCCCUCUGCAGCCACACCAACCAUAUACACAACAAACCAUCUGGAGUAUGGUCUAGUCAUCAGGGGCCUAUGAAGCGACAAGUUGUAAUACUAAAUGGGUGGAUCAUCAUCCUUUAGUCAACGGAGUGUUUAAUGUAAUGAUGAUAAAUAAAGUGAUGUGCACCAUCAUGUGUAACCCCGGCCUAUACUAGUUCAAAUGAGAAUAAAAGACAAAGAAAGUUCUUGUCACAA